AUAGACAGGCAAACAUACUUCGAUUGUAUCGAUUAAGUGAAGCUCGCACGCACUUAACUAUGAAACUGUUUUUAGUUCUCUCCGUGUUGUCGGUCGCAGCCGCAGCACCUCAAGCAGCGUCGCGCUCGGCUCCGACCGAAGAAGUUCAAAUUCUAAGAUUCGAUUCCAGCAACGAUGGACUUGGGUCCUAUAAUUUUGCUUUCGAACAAAGUGACGGCACAAAGAAAGAGGAGCAAGGUGAAUUAAGGAACGCGGGCACUGACGAUGAGUUCGUGGCAGUCAAAGGAUCUUAUUCGUGGCAAGGACCUGAUGGCGUAGUAUAUACUAUUACCUACACCGCUGACGACAACGGAUUCAAGCCUAUCAUCGAACAAGGCCCAGGCGGCGGCGUGCCACCAGGAGUUGUCGCUUCUCUGCUUGGUUAAAUAGUCAUUGUAUAUAAAAUAAACUAAGAUAUUUUGUUAAA